AUACAAAAUCCAGACCAAUUAGAUAUUUUAUAUAAGAGUAUUUUACUGGAAUUAAAAUGUCAUGAUACUGGAGUUAUAAGAAGUUAUCAGAAAUUCACAGAGAUGGUUGCCAAAGAAUUAGACAUUGAAAUUUCUAAGAUAUAUACACCUAAAAGGGACAUAACCCGCUAUGCUGUUUUAAAAUCAGUUCAUGUUUUUAAGAAACACAAAGUUCUGUAUGAAGCUCGAACCCAUUAUAAAAUGAUAGAGUUGAAACACCUGACUGAAUCAACAGCUGAAACUUUCCUAGAAUAUUUACAGAGAAAUUUACCAGAAGGAGUAGCUAUGAAAAUUACUAAAACCAGAUUAGAGAGAAUGCCAGAACAUAUU